AUGUCUGCUGAGGAGGAUCUCAUCGACUACUCCGACGAGGAGCUCCAGACCAACGAGACUGCGGCCGCCUCCAACGGAAAGAAGGCUGACGCUGCCGCCGGUAACGCCGUCGACAAGAAGGGCAGCUAUGUCGGCAUCCACUCGACCGGUUUCCGCGACUUCCUUUUGAAGCCCGAGCUUCUCCGCGCUAUUGGCGAUUGCGGUUUCGAGCAUCCUUCGGAGGUCCAACAAACCUGUAUCCCCCAGGCUCUCCUCGGUGGAGAUAUCAUCUGCCAGGCCAAGUCUGGUCUCGGAAAGACAGCCGUCUUCGUCCUGACUACCCUGCAACAAGUUGAGCCCGUUCAGGGCGAGGUCUCCGUGUUGGUUAUGUGCCACACUCGUGAGCUUGCCUUCCAGAUUCGCAACGAGUACAACCGUUUCAGCAAGUACAUGCCCGAUAUCAAGACUGGUGUCUUCUACGGCGGUACCCCCAUCCAGAAGGAUGUCGAGACGAUCAAGAACAAGGAGACCUGCCCCCAUGUCAUCGUGGGCACCCCUGGCCGACUUAACGCGUUGGUCCGCGACAAGGUUCUCCGCCUCGGCAGCGUCCGCAUUUUCGUCCUCGACGAGUGCGACAAGAUGCUCGACCAGAUCGACAUGCGCCGUGACGUCCAGGAGAUCUUCCGCGCUACCCCCACCCAGAAGCAGGUUAUGAUGUUCUCAGCCACCCUGUCCGAUGACAUCAAGCCCAUCUGCAGAAAGUUCAUGCAGAACCCUACCGAGCACUAUGUAGACGAGGACACCAAGCUCACCCUGCACGGUCUUCAGCAAUACUACAUCAAGCUCGAGGAGCGCGAGAAGAACCGCAAGCUCAACGAACUCCUGGACGACCUUCAGUUCAACCAGGUCAUCAUCUUCGUCAAGAGCACCCUCCGUGCGACCGAGCUGGACAAGUUGCUGAGAGAGUGCAACUUUCCCUCCAUCGCCGUCCACUCCGGCGUCAGCCAGGAGGAGCGUAUCCGCCGUUACAAAGAGUUCAAGGAGUUUAACAAGCGUAUCUGCGUUGCUACCGAUGUCUUCGGCAGAGGUAUUGAUAUCGAGCGUAUCAACCUGGCCAUCAACUACGAUCUGCCCGCCGAUGCCGACUCGUACCUGCACAGAGUCGGUCGUGCCGGUCGUUUCGGUACCAAGGGUCUUGCCAUCUCCUUUGUGAGCACUGACCAGGACCAGGAGGUUCUCAAGUCUAUUGAGAAGCGCUUCGAGGUUGCUCUUCCUGAGUUCCCCAAGGAGGGUAUCGAUGCCAGCACCUACAUGGCCUCUUAA